AUGGAUGGGUACGAUCUUUCCAAGGUCCCACUCGGAAUGGCACCCCCAGGGCAGACUGUCAACCUUGCCGAGGGACCCUCUCAAGCUUGGAUGCCCCGCCUGGCUAUUUACACCACCCUACCAGUGGCGUUCGGUUUUCUUGUGCUGCGACUCUUUGCUCGUCUACGAAUGAGGAUUGCACUGGGCAUGGAUGAUUUCAUCGAUGACAUUGUUGGAUUGGGUGUUGUGGGUACUGUUACUGACUUCUACAUCAUAACAAUACCUCUGACGGCUAUUUCUGGACUGAACAUGUCCUUGGCAAGGAAAAUCGGAGUCUCAACGCUCUUUGCCACUGGUUUAUUAGCUUGCAGCUUUUCUGCGGCCGGUCUAGCCUCACGUCUUGAUAAUUAUCGAACAACUCUUGUGCGCAAGUAUCCCGAUCCAUUCUGGACAUCAAUGCCAGCAUAUGGAUUGGCCAUUGCUGAGAUCAAUCUUGGCAUUGUCUGCGCUUGUGUACCAGCUGCAUUUCCCAUAUUCAAAGGCCUAGCGGAGAAGUCCAGUACUAGAUGGGAUUCUUGGAGAAAUUACCGCUCCAGGUCCAGGACACCCUCGAAGCCUCCUCAGGACAACAGCAAAAGCACAUCCAACGUUUCAGAGCCACACCAGGGCUUGCCCAAUGUGCCUAGAGGCACUCUACAAACGCUGCUCUCAUUCGUUAAAGGCUCACAGAGCACUCAUCGCGGCGACAAGUCACAAGGCACCAUAACCGUGACCAAAGACACCGAUAUCGAAAUGAGGCCUUAUUCCGAGCUCCGCUCUGGGGACUUCGAGAACAUGUACCACUCACAUCUGUACCAACAAGGCUCCCAGAGAAAUCUGGCGUUCAAGUACUGGGAAUGCUGGGAGUAUAUAUACACAGAAGUCCGACUCUGGUGGACGUACACAUGUGAGGAAGUUGAAAGGGAAAAUAUGAAUGGCCACUCCCUGCAGGAGCUCAUGUACAUUCAAGUGCUUUCCGGCGGCGGACGGAUGAGAGAACAGUUGUGCAAGAAGUGA